GUGGUACAGUAUAUACCAGUAUGCUGGAGGUGCAGUAUUCUGUAACCUUGAUUUGCCCUUAACAUUGCAGAGGCAAAUAACUACACUGCACUUGUACUGUGUAUAAGAGUGUGAGUGUUGUUUUACUAAUAGUGUUCUUUGCCAGACUGGGUAAGGCCUGAACUAAGUCUUAAAAUGAGUUCCAAAAAUACCCAUGGGAUUGAUACGGACUGUAUGACACUGACGAGAUUUGUAUUACAAGAACAAAAGAAGCAUCCUGAAGCUACAGGGGAUCUUACACAGUUACUCAAUGGACUUCUGACUGCGGUAAAAGCAGUUUCGUCUGCUGUUCGUAGGGCAGGGAUGGCAUCUUUGUUUGGUAUUGCUGGGGCUACCAAUGUCCAGGGUGAGGAAGUGAAAAAACUGGAUGUGAUUGCAAAUGAGGUGUUUAUUAACAUGCUCAAGUCUUCCUUCACCACCUGCUUGUUGGUAUCUGAGGAAAACGAAAACGUCAUUGAAGUAGAGAUAGAGCGGCAGGGCAAGUAUAUUGUGUGCUUUGACCCACUGGAUGGCUCAUCCAAUAUUGAUUGUCUUGUGUCCAUUGGAACAAUAUUUGCCAUUUUGAGAAAGGACCAUGAGGGACCACCCACCAUCAAGGAUGCCCUCCAGUCUGGCCGUAACAUUGUAGCAGCAGGCUAUGCAUUGUAUGGCAGUGCCACUGCAGUGGUGCUCUCCACAGGGGAUGAGGUCAAUUCCUUCAUGCUGGACCCUGCCAUUGGAGAAUUCAUCCUGACCCAGCGUAAUAUUCAGAUCAAGCCUAGAGGAAAAAUCUUUUCAGUCAACGAAGGCUAUGCCAAGUUUUGGGAUCCUGCCAUGAAGGAGUAUGUAGAGAACAAGAAAUAUCCAAAGAGUGGGAAACCAUACGGAGCAAGAUAUAUUGGCUCCAUGGUAGCAGAUGUUCACAGGACUCUUAUGUAUGGGGGGAUUUUCAUGUAUCCUGCCACCUCAGAAUCUCCGAAAGGGAAGCUACGCCUGCUGUAUGAAUGCAACCCUAUGGCAUACAUUAUAGAGAAAGCAGGCGGACUUGCUUCCACUGGGAUCAUGCCUAUCCUUGACAUCGUCCCUGAAUCCAUCCAUCAGCGAGCUCCCAUCUUUCUGGGUUCCAAAGAAGAUGUGGAGGAUGUUAUUGCACUCUACAAAAAGCACCAGCAGUAGAGGAAAUGGUGGAUGUGUGCAGCUCUUGGACCCAAGAGUGAAAUAUAUAAGACAGCAUCUGUUUGGAUUAAUGCUAAAUUUGAACUGCUGAAUGAGCUUUAGUUCCCAAAUUUGAAUUAAUGUGGUACUUAUGAAAUUGCUGCACAAAAUGUUAAUUUUUUUUUUCAUAUCAAUACAUCGGUGGUAUUUAACAAUGGCUCUAAGAGUACAAAAGUUUUAGAUGAUCAUGAUGAACUUGGAACUGGAAUAUGUUUAUAUAUCUUAUUGAUACUGGUUUUGUGGGGAAAAUUGGUGGCAAUGGAUUAUGGCAGCAUACCUGUUCUAAUGUGAUAGAAAGUAUGAAUUUGUCUUUGAAAUGAUUGCUUAAUAAAGUUGCAUUGUCAUUUAUGGCAAAUAUAAUCUGCUACAAUUUAUGUAAGGAAAAAUUGUCUAAAAACAGCAUUUUUUUUCCUGAUCCUUGUCUCAGCUUACCUUUUACUACCUAAUUGCCUUUACAACAGUUGAGUUUACAAUAUCAAACUAUUUCACAUAUUUGUGGCCUCUAUGCUUUAUGUUUUCAUCCGAGGUCUAUGUAGAAUCCUUAGAACAAAAUUUAGUUAUUCAGUUUACAGAAUAACAAUUCUCAUUAAGAGUUUAAACAUCAAAGCUUAAAGCAGAUAUAUUUUCUUACCAAAUCAUUUUAUUUACUUUGCAAAGCAAUUAAAUAUAUGCAAUAGGUAUGGGCUUGUGUUGGGAUGUGAAACUAAUAACCUUGGUCAUGAAAGAUUAUGGCGUUAUUGUCGUUUUAAAGUAUUUUGUGUCAUUGAUAUGGGUCGGGCUUCCGUUGAUGAAAAGGUUUAAGAUAUAUUGAAAUAAAGCACAAUGAUUUAUCAUGAUUAUAUUUGUAUCAAGUUUAUAAACUAAUUAAGUUGGGUAAAAUUUAAUUGGUUUUCCCGUUUCCUGGUUAUCACUUGUUAGAAACUUGAAGGAAAAUAAAUAUUGUUAGAGGUUCUUUAA